GAAAGAACUGCCGGUAGCAAGUCCACAAAGUUGAUGAACUGAGCUGAGUGACGCCGCAGAAAGCUUAAUCUUGUUCGAGACUCGGGAAGAAAGGAUCACUUUUUGAGCUUCAUUUCCUUCUUCCUUGCAGGAACCCUCUGGGUGUUGUGGAGUUUUCUGCUGAAUAUCAAUGGCUGACAAAAUCAACUUUCUAAAGCUAGAAAAAGAAAGAGCAUCAAAGAGGAAGCUAGAGAAGAAGGUGAGGUAUAUUCCAGAAGAGUGCGUUUCAAAUAUACUUGUUCGACUGCCUCUUCAAUCACUUCCCAAAGCAAUGUUGGUUUGCAAGACAUGGAACGAGACUAUAAACGCUGAUAUAUUUACUCGAGAAUAUUUGGAACGUACUGAAACUGGACUAAUUUGUCUGGUUCGGAGAAAUCCUCCUUCCUCUGAACACAAGUUACAAGAAAAGACCAAUUUUUUUUCUGUUGAAUCUGAGCUUCUCCGGUUGCAAUCGAUGCCUGUACUGCACCAACCUUUUGUUGAUCCAACCUCAUUCCCUCAGCUCCAGUUCUUGGAAGUCCGGGAUUUCAAGGUCAAGACAAAAGAGUACAAUGCAACCUGUGAAGGGAAAAUUAGAGCAUGUUGUGCUGGCCUAAUCAUAGUCGAUAAUAAAAGGAAAAGAGGAGGUUUGGUAGCCUUGAAUCCUGUUACUAGGAAGUUGUUAGCACUUCCUGUAGGUACUAUAACUAAUAAUGAUCGUGAAUCAUAUGGACUUGCACGUUGCCCUUCCAGCAAUCACUUCAAACUGGUUCAUUUGUUUCGGAAUGAUUUGCAGCGCUCUGAAUGUGAAAUCUUGACAGUUGGAGAAGAAUCGUGGAGAACUGUUGAUGGACCUUCAUUUGGACUUUAUGCCUGGUAUGGAUAUCAUCCAGUUUUCGCGAUUGGGGCUAUAAACUGGAUUCCAUUUAGGGCUUGUGGUGAGUACAUAAUAUCCAUGACAUUAGAUGAUGAGAAGUUUCAGAAGAUAUCUCUCCCAAAAACUACUACAAGUCAGGAUAGGAUAGUGGAAAUUCGCGGGCAACUCGGGUUUGUUGGUCGUGAAGAAGGAUCGUGCCGGUUCGGUGUGUGGUGCUUGAAGAGUUUAUCUGGUAAAAGUUGGGCAAAGCAGUACACAAUUCCAGUGAAGGGCAUUGAUGAUCCGAUUCCUCUUUACUUUACCAGGAUUGGUGGUGAAAUGAUGAUAUUCAAGCAUAGAGAUGGCGGUCUAUAUGCUUACAACUUCUCCUCGGACUCGAAGGUUAUGCAAAAGUUGGAAAUGCAGUCUAAAUUCUUUUCGGAAUGUCUCUGUUACUUUCCCCAUGUUAACUGUCUUCUCUCGUGGAAGUGAAAAGAAGCAAGAAAUGUGAUGACCACUCUCUCUGAUGCAUUUGAAUAGGGA